CUUAAUGAGGAGAAAUUUCGUGCAGAAUAGUAGAUGGCUGUGGCCGGAUGGUAAAGUACCCUAUGAAAUCGCCACUGGUGCUUUUAGCGCGGAACAGGAAGCUAUCAUUUACAAAGCAGUGGCAGAGAUGAAAGCAAAAACGUGUGUUAACUUUACGCCGAGAGGUAUUGCGGAUGUUACUCAUAAUGAUUAUAUAUACUUUGACAAUAUCCAAGGCUCAGGGUGCUGGUCAUAUGUUGGAAAAAUCUCUGUUGGCAAACAGGAUAUUGGACUUGACAGUUCCCAAUAUUGUUUGAAUAAUCCCACGGUUCUCCAUGAAAUGUGCCAUGCAAUCGGAAUGGAACACGAGCAAAGCCGAAUGGACCGUGACAAAUACGUAACUAUGUUAUGGGACAAUAUCAAAAAUGGCCGAGACAACGCGAAUAUGAAGAAAUGGGACACCGAGGACGUCAAUCCGUACGACUACGAGUCCAUUCUUCAAUACUACCUAACGGAUUUUGCAAAAUCCGCUGGCACAUACUCCAUGAGAUUUAAUGAUACGGCAUUAGAGGUAUUGGCUGGAAGCGCUGACGAACUGACAUUUUAUGACGUCAAGGACAUUACGGAUGCUUAUGGAUGUACCGAAAAUUGCGGAACUGAUAUACCGACAUGUGAAAAUGGCGGGUUCAUUGAUCACAGUUGUUCCUGCUUAUGUCCAGCGACUCUUUCCGGUGAUGAUUGUUCGCAGGUUCCCACUGAUACAGGUUGCGGUGGUAUAAUUGAUGUGACGUCAGGGCCACAAACGAUUACAUCACCAAAUUACCCAGAAAAUUAUGACGUAGGGGCUACCUGUAACUGGCUCGUAAAGGGACCACCCGGGAAACUGAUAGAACUAACCAUCAAUGACCUCAACCUGUCCUACAAUGAUGUUAACAUGAACUGUUAUCACUGGUUAGAGAUACGAUAUAAUCUGAUUGGACAGACCGGACUAAUGAAAUGUGGCGAGGUAACUAAUGAGGUGUACACGACAACAUGGUUCGAACAAGGAAUAACAAACAUCUUGUACAUGCAGUUCAACACCACAUACGCAGAUGACAAAAGUUCUAGCAAAGGAUUCAGCCUAAACGUUCAGGCUGUGAAAAUAGGAUGCGCAAGCAGUCCCUGCAUUCACGGAUCCUGCCUGGAUGAUCCUACUGAGGAGUUUAAAUGUAUAUGUGAUGAUUUAUAUGAGGGCGACCAAUGUGAAAAGAUCAAAGCCUCCAGCGCUUUCUCUUGUGACUUUGAAAAUGCUGAUGAAUGUGUCUUUGUCAACAAUGACGACGGAGUAGAUGUUUUUGAUUGGACAAGAAAGCAGGGAAGAACUCCUUCGGUCGACACAGGACCAUCACAAGCGUUCGGUGGUCAGUACUAUACGUAUGCGGAAGUGUCUUUCCUCAACGAAGGUGACACUGCCGUACUGUUGUCCAAUGGUGUUCUGCCAGUUGGGGAAUGGUGUAUGUCGUUUAUGUAUCACAUGUACGGAGAUUCUCUUGGUAAAUUUGAGAUAUUUGGAGAGAAAGAUCAGCAAGUAUGGUGGAGUAAUUCUGCAAACCUUGGGGAUCAAUGGAACUACGCAUCAAUAAAAUUACCACUGGAAAUAGAUCAGAAGAUUGGACUUCGAGCAACAGUAGGCUGGCACUUCUGGGGAGACAUUGCCAUUGACGAUCUUCAUCUUCAAAAAUGUGUCCAAGAACGUUGCGAUUUUGAAACUGGAAACGAAUGCUUUUUAUCCCAAAGCUAUAUGGAUGAUUUUGACUGGAAAGUUGAUCAGAUUGGAGAAACUCCUUCGUCGAACACAGGACCAUCCUCUGCACAAGAUGGAACUCACUAUGCAUUCAUUGAGUCCUCAGAUCCUAUCCGCUAUGACAUGGCAACCUUAACCUCGCUGGCAACAUUUCCAGCCGGCGAGUACUGUUUGGUAUUUUUUUACCAUAUGUACGGUAAAAAGAUGGGAGGUUUAUUGGUAUCAACAUUGGAGGAUUCUAGUGGGGAAGAAUAUCCUGUUUUCAUUAAAACAGGAGACCAGGGACAACAAUGGAACCAAGGAGUCGUGUCACUGCACGAAAGAACAUAUUUUAAUUUACUCUUCUCGGCCAUACGAGGAACUUCGUAUUCGUCUGAUGUUGCCAUCGACAACAUUAGCCUAACCUCAGAAAGAUGUGCAUGCCUUUCAAGUCCCUGUUUGAACGGAGGAACAUGUGUUCCUGAUGUGAGUGUCCGUGAGGGAUACCAAUGCACCUGUCCAUCUGGACUUAGUGGCGGGAUAUGUGAAGUCGUUGCAGCGGACAAGGAGCUGACUUGUACAUUUGAAAAUGACGCUGUGUGUUUCCUGCAGCAAGCAUGGGGUGAUAGUUUUGACUGGACAAUUACAGGGGGUUCCACGGCUACUCCGCACACGGGUCCAUCUGGCGCAGAAGAGGGAACUUAUUAUGCCUACAUAGAAACAUCAGGAGUAGUCACUGAAGGAUUUGUAGCCAACUUUACAACUUAUCCAAUGGCUUUUGAAGAAGGGGUCCGCUGUCUGCGCUUCUCUUACCAUAUGUACGGGCUCACUAUAGGACAACUGUCUGUGUACAAUGGUGACACGCGAAUAUUCUACGCCGAUGGAAACAAAGAAAACCAAUGGAAUGAUGCUAAAGUCGAUGUUGUCAAUUUACCUGUAUCUUCCCAGCUGAUCAUUUCCGCUUCCGUCGAUCAGGAUCAUGAGUAUGGUGACAUUGCCAUUGAUGACGUCAGUCUAACGCCCGGCUCCUGUUAACCUGCGGAUCAAACACCACGUGAUGAGGUGAGGGUAGUACGGUUUGACCAUUACUUAGCAAGAACAACCUAUCGAUGUGGAACGAACCUCACCAUAAUAUCUGGAACAAACGACGUAGGACUGCAUCUUUUCCCUGUAUCAUAUUAGCUAUAAUAUCAUCUCCUUUAUUUAAGACUAAGCAGUUACUUGUCUUUUUUAUAUCGCAUAUAUUCCUCUCAAUCAUAAACAUUUUGUAGUAUUUCAAAACGUAAAUAAUCAAGUAAUCUAAUUUGAUAUGCGAAAAACGCAAAACAAAAAAUGCGGUUCAUAUUUGUGCUAUCUCAUGGGCUAAUAUAUUCCAUAAUGUGAGAGAUACUUAUGGUUCUUUUUUAAACCAAUUGUCAUCAAAAUAAUGUCAUAUAUUGUAGUGGCAAAAUGACGUAUUUUAAACAAAUAUGACAACCGUGGCCAAUACUGAUCAUAUUUACUGGCAGUAGUGUUUACUCUUUCCGUACUGCUGGCUACUAUAGCCGACAAAAUUCCAAGCUCCCUGACUAUAUUCCACAGAAAAAAAAAGUGACCCACUUCUGUGUUGUCGACUGUAGAUGACAGGCUAGGCAGACGGUAUUUUAGUGUCGGGAGCCCCUUAACAUACAAUUCCCGAGUACUCUGACAUAUAAAGGGUAUUCAAGACUUUGGAAACAAACCUUUUGGUUGCUAAAGUGUUUAUUGUGUUUAGCUUAUGUUUUCCCGUCAGGUUAAUGGAUUUAUUGUCCGCAUAGGUUGUUAAUGUAAACAAUAUGGCGGCUUGCUUUACUUUCACUUUUGGUAACGCUGUCUAGGCCAUUGUAUAAUGUUCGUUACAACGUCAAGAUUUAAUCUAGUUAAAUAUUUCUCAACAACGCUAUAUGAUAACACUAAAUUUUGUGUAUCUGUAUUUAAAAAAAACAACAGAAAUGCACAUACAAACCGCCAUUUUGUUUAACUUAUCCGGUGCAUAAUACGAAAGAACGGAAAGAGUUAAAGAGUUAUUGGUAUUUUGUUAAAGUAGAAAAUUGAAGAAAAACUUUCAAAUCAUUGUGAUAUACAUUUAGGUCUCCUUCUCAUGUUGUUUGUUUCGUUUUGAUUUUGUAUGAAUAUGAUUUCCUCUCCUUCUUCUCAUUGUACAAUAUGUAAUAUAAAAUUUGUUUCAUCAAAAUGGCUGAAAUAUUCGAUUAUGAUAAAUGUUGAUGGUUCCUUUUUAAACUCUUUGUCAGCAAAAUAAAAUUAUGUAUUACAGUGACAAAAUCAGCGGUUUUUUAAUCAAAUAACCAAAUUUAGGUCAAUACUGACAAUUUUGAUGAAAGAACUGUUAAAAGCGUUAUUAAUAAUCUAUAUUAAUUUUUUUAAAGCUUUAGUGAAAAGUUUAUGUAAAAUUUCCAAAGCUUUGUGAUGUAUAUUUGUUUUAGGUUUUAUAUUCCAAGAUGUUGUUUGUUUCGUUUGAUAUGAUUUUGUCUCUGUUUUUAAUUCCAGCUGUAUUCUGCGUUGUAUUUGUCCUAUAUACACUAAACUAACGCAUGAAAACUAAUUACUUAUUUGCCUACUUUUUCUGCUUUUAUUAAAACAUUUUUAUUUUUUGAAAAUAAAUUCUCCAUAUGAA